ACACAUGUCGAAAACAGUAAAAUGAACGACAAGGCUGUCACAUAUAUUGUUUGACUUGCUAAAAUUCUAAAUUCUGGCAGAAUGGCCCCCAAAAAAAAAAAGGGAAAAAUCGUUGAUUGGGCCGAUGAUGAACAUUUCUCCAAGGAUCGCAGCAUAUUCUACAUAGAGCACACCACGGAAUGUCCCAUCUUUCAGGUGAAGGCCGACGAGUGUUUGACCUUUUUCCAGCAGCGCAUUCCGGAGCGCGAGUUCCAGCUGGUGCGCAACAAGAAUGGCAAACAGGUGCCCCGGGAUGGAGCCUUCGAGGUCUGCAUUUCACAAAAUGCGCGCACAUCCGAGCACGAGCUGUGGUCUGGCAUAACCCGAGGACCGCCGCGGCGUGAUAAGUUUCCGCAGUACGAGGAUCUGGUUUCGGAUGUGCAUCGCGUUCUAAGGAAGUUCUAUCCGGACAAGGCUGUUGGCAUCGAUGAUGAUGAAAUGGAUAUGUGACUGGCUCAUUAAAAGGCAAAAAAUCCGCAGCGAGGGCUCAACAAUGAAAAGGCAUUAAAAAACAUGAUUUCGUUUUUGGAAUUUUAACGGUUAUAUUUACAUAACAAUGCGAUUGCGAUACUUUGGUGGCUGUUCGAAGACGCAAGAAAAAAUGAACAGACAAAGAAGCCGAAAGAAAAAACGCGUCGAAUGAUUUCAACACAUUUAAUGCGGCAGGCCCACAAAGAGAUGUCAGCGUACUGCUGCCCACGGCUUGCAAUUUAUUUGUAUCUUGUAGAUGCUUUAAUGAUGCCAGCAUCAGGGGAAGCGUAAACAAAUUGUGACCAAAAAAUAAUGAAGGAGAAAACAGACAAAGAUGAAAAUGGGUUAAUGUCCAGUGCACACAAUGGCCCUGGAUCUGGCUCAAGUGGCAACUGUGGCGGCGACUGCAUGUGUCAGCUGUCACACGCAAAUCGAAGGCGAAAUUUUGCGCUGUGCGUUGCGCCAAGGACAUGGCAGGAUCUUUGCCAAAACCGGCGUCAAGUUGCAAAUUGCAUGAGAAUUCGUAUGGAAACAGACCGCAACAUUUUGCAUUAGUUCGCUUGCAGCGCCGGCAAAUUUAUUUUUAGUGUGCAUCGACUUGGGUUGGAGGCAGCUCCACAAGUAAAACUACAAGUUAAAUUGAGAACGUCUUUUUGGCUAACCGUGCCAAGAAAUAAUAUGUUUGGCAAUUUCAUGUGGACCUAUAAUGAAAUUGUUGGAAAAUCGAAACUACGAAAAUAAAAA